AAAGUCACUCCAUUCUUCUUCUUCAUUGUUUCCCUCCUCUCUCUCUCUCGCUCUCGAGUCUCUCGACCGGAAGAUUCAGUAAAUCACCUUCCCGGAGAUGGGAAAAUACAUCAAGAAAUCAAAAAUCGCCGGAGACCUUUCCGUUAAAGAUAUCUCUCACCCAACCACUCUAGGUUUCCGUACCAGAUCCGCCGCCAAAAACCUCCCCCUCCACCGUCUCCGUUCUCAUUCCGACAAAGCAGAGUCCUUAAACUACCUCCAGCCCCGGAGCCGUCGUUUAGUGAAGCUUCCAUUACUCUCCAGUACCAAGAAACAACAACGGCUUAUAAGUGUCGGUCAUGAAUGUCAAAAGAGAAACUCUAGGGCUAAAAAUGUCCCGGCGGAGAAAAAGACGGUGGCUCUGGUGACGACGGAGACGGAAGAAGAUUGUGGUGAUAACGAGAAUACUUCUAGGGCAGAUAGAGCUUUUGAUUUGGAAUCUGGAAACAGGAGCAUUGUUAGAGACUCAGAAGCUAUACGAAGUGAGAUUGAAGACUUCUUUGCAUACGCAGAGCAGCAACAACACAGACUCUUCAUUCAAAAGUACAACUUUGACAUUGUCUCGGACAAUCCAUUGCCUGGGCGUUACGAAUGGGUCAAAGUGAUGCCAUGAAAUGGAGUCGUUUUGGAUGUAAAGUUAAGUGCUUUAGGAGACAUCUGUGUUGGAACAGAGGCGGUGAAGAUUGCACACAGACUAACUGUGGGUUUUUUUUUAGGGUUGGUGUAUAACUUGUUAGUCAAGAAUAAUGUAAUGUUAAUCUCUCUCAUUUUGCAACUAAAUAAAGUCUAAUUUUACUGGAUUAAGUCAUACUUCAGUGCAAAGUUACUUGAAUCAGUA